CAGGCAUGAUUGCAGACAUUGGAUUCAGUCAGCAAGCAUCUACGAAAAUGACGCCGGUAGUAAAUGAAGCAGGACCACUCCUUGUUCUCGUCGCAGCGUUACUAGUACCGCGCGCCGCUCUUGCUGCUGGCGCACUGGAUUCGCGGUUAUGCUACGCUGCAAGUUGCGGUUUUAUGCUUGCAGAAUUGAUUUUCGCGCCAAAUAAAACAAGUUCUCGAAGUGUUGGCUUCGUAUUUGCUCGACCGAGUACAACCACUCCUCCGGACGUCGAGAGGCAAGGAACUGGGCGCCAAGAGGACACAACCAGAACCACGCUUCGAAGCGCAGCCGACCAAGUAGAAGGACCACCGGACCGUAAAGAGUUCCUCACCGUUAUACCAGACGAGGAGGAGGACCUUGGUUUUAUUUCCAAUAGCGGGGAGGUGGACGAAAGAAGAAGAACUGGAAUUGAGAAUGACCGUGAGCACCUCCUCGUAGCGAGUCGGCUUAUCCCACAGAAAAAAGCAAGCAGGUCAUAUUUGUAUAAUUCAAAAAUAGAUACACAGAAAGUGGAAAACGAAUAAUGAAAAUCUGCGUUGCGUAUCCUGAGCAGCAUGCUACGGGGCGACAGAUUCUUCUGUGUGUUUGUUUUUGCAUUCCAAAUUAAUAUUGCCUGCCUGCUUUUUUCAGUGUGAUUCGGCUGACGAAGGAAAAACAGUUCCGAGCGAGAACAUCAGAGCUUGCUCGUGGUGAUGAAAGCCUUGUCGAAGUUGAACAGAAAGGAGCCUUGUCGGAACACGAUGGCCUUUGGAACACGACGGACGACCUUUGGAACACGACGGACCUGGCCGCGGCGCACGGGGAAGAUGACGUUCUCAACCAGCAGAAUUUUGAGUCUGCUUCUGACCAUUCCACAGGACCCGUUUCGCGACGCGUGUUGGGCGAGAGGAAGAGCAGGAAGAAUGACACGGACGUUGAGCAAGUAAAUGGAUCGGAAGGAACACAAAACUAUCGCUCGUCACCUAGUGAGCUGCUCGAAGUAGCAGCGCGAGCAUCAUCGUCGGCUAGAAGUGGUGCAUCUACUCCAACGCGGUCGAGCGAUGCGAAUGAGAGCGACACGACAGGAAAAAAUCAGCCGCAGCAGAAACAGUCGUCUCCGCAGCGGGGGCAGUUGGAACAAGAAGAGGAACAAGAAGAACACCCGCGAGCAGCGGAUGCAGGUCACAGCAAACAGAAAAUUGACACGUCACCGGAAGAACAAAAAACGGAAACGGGCGGUGAAAAAGCGUCCACUACGGUCGUCGGGGAGGCGGAGACAUCAGUCGUGGCGGAGCUGCUGCAGCGUGUCAAGCAACUGGAGCGGCAGAGGGAAGAGGAUAGAAAUUCGUGGGGCGAGUCGGUCGACAAAAGGUUCCACAUGGUGCGGGACGUCGGGUCGGCGGACGAGCAACUUUUGCAGCAUAUGCUGGCCGUGAUACUGGCGAUGAAGACGCACGAGUACAUCCAGACCGUCGCGUUUCUCAGCCUCGGUUUCGUUGCGGUACUGAUUGCGAUCUCCCUCCCCGCUGUGCGCGUUUUCUGCCCCCGGCGCCAAACCUCUAGCAUGCUCCUUGCAUCGUCAUUCUCUGGCGGACCAGGAGAAGAUCAUCCGGAAGGGCGCCAGCUCCUCUUGCCGGCUAAAGCAGGACAAGAUGGAGUAGCCGUCGUCGCGGCUAGCAGUGCAGAUGAAACAGCAUUUAUUGGAGGAACUCCGCCGGAGACGAUUUAUCGUUUCUAUCCGUUCGACUUCGUAGAGAAAGGGACGCUAAGCAGUGUUGUGCAAUCCGCAGGCACGGACAUCGGGCGAAUCUUUGCGGUGUGCAUCGUGGUAAACGAAGUACUGCUCCUUCUCUCCCAGUACCCUUUCCGGAUCUACGACACCUGGUGUAUUGACAGUAUAAGUAGCAGCGAAGCAAUUUCGAGUCGGUCGUCCGAGGAACUUGAAGAUAUCAGGGACCCGUUUCCUUUUUUGACGCCGAUGCACGAGAAGGUGGCGCGCACGCUCUGGCUCGUGCUUCCGCGCAUUUGCUUGCUGAUAACGGCCGCCGUUCCAGCUUCUACCUUCCAGCAAGUGCGGGCUUCUCUGUACAAGGCGUCUAUUGCAAGGUCAGGGACCACACGGAGUAAAGACGCCCCGCCGGGGGCGCAGAAGCAGGCAGACGACCGCACUGGUGAGGGGCCAGCAGACGACGGCGCGGUGGGGAGGAUGCAAAGACGAGCGCGUUCUGAGGAUGCCGCUCGUCCGAACGAUGAAACCAGAAUUACAGAUGAUGGCGAUCAUGUAAGGGGUAAAGAGUCGAUCAACUUCAUGCAAGUCCUUCACGCUCUGACUGCACCGACAGCGAUAGUGACGCUUCUUCUGUUCGAGACCAUCCAGCUGAGCUUUGGCGAGCGCAUCAAUUUCCCUGCAGCAGUGAUGGGCCUGGACGGCCGCGCGAGAGCUUCGGCGGCCGCGGCGAGGUGGGACGCUUUCGACGACAUCACAAAGCUUCAACAAUGUAAUGAGUGGACUUCUGCGGCUCGCCUGCUGUUCUUCCCCCAAGUCUUUCGGUUCCGUGUGCUCUUUCUGGUAGCCGGCUGGGUGUGCUCGUUUGCCUUCAUGGUUUUGCACCUAUUACUGGAGUUCCAAGUCCCGCAGCGUUUCGGUUUCGUCAACGACGGGGAACAGAUUUUCUUCGACAGUCAUGGGCAGUGGGUACGGGAAGCGCGUUCUCUCCUGCUUCCGAAACUGUCUUUUGUGUUGGAAAUUGUAGCGUUUCUUCUGGUUCAGUUUCUCCCUUUUUUUCCGAUUUUGGAGCGGAUAUUUGUUUCCCCCGGAGCACCACUUGGAACACGGGAACCACUUGGAGACACUGCAUACCACGCUUGGACGAAGAGUCCAGGACUUCCAGAAUGGUUUGUGGGAGUGGAAUAUCCCAAGAAAACAAAUGUUACAGUUUUAAACGGUUCGUGUUGUAAUUUUAGCAACAUAAAGUUUCUCUAUCUGAUGACAGAAAAAUUUGCAAUGCAGUGCUGACGAUUAGAAGGAAAAACAAGUAUGAAAUUAGGCUCCUGAGAAGUCGAUCCGGCAUGCAGAGCUUGUCUGUCUUGCUUGGUCUGCAACACAAUGUGUAGCUGUAGCAGUUGGUUCGUUGGGGUUGGAUAUGGAAGCUGGAACCCUGCGGGACUCUGUGGGACUACGUAGCCACGCAUGACGGAUGCCCUGCUAUGGAGGGGAGGCGAGUGAUCUUCCCGGCUACUGCUAGUUCUCUAAGAAAAAAACCCCAUUUGUCAGCACGCGGCUUUACUUACCGGCACAUGAUGCAGCACAACUUCCUCUUUCUGUGAUGCAAAACGCCUGCCACGAAUCACUCGGUACUGCAUGGAACUGCACGACUUGUGAUCUUCAAAAAGAGUGUACGCAAAUCUGCAUGGCAGGCUUCGACUUUUCUUGAGACUAGCAGCAGUCCCAAACAAGAAAGCUACUCGCUUUAUUACCUCUAUACCUGCAGUCCCACACGGGCAGGUGUCGCAGAAUUUGUGGCUGACCAGGCCGGCAGACGUUCAGCAGCAUAUCAAAUGUAAAAGUGUCUGGGUCUGGAAGAAUGCAACUUGUCAUACUAAAUCUGCAGCAUGCAAAAAUCUGUGUUGCGUGAUUACCAAAAGUCGUCCAGUUUUGACCAAGUCGGGAGGGAGUUUCUCAUGCAGGAUAGGCAUGAGAGAGAUCGCACAGAAUCUGUCAUGCUAGGUCCUGCAUUCCAGACCUCAUGGGUCAACAUGGAAAAUAUGCAUGACAAAUCGUGCGCUCUUCCAGACCCAGACAUUUUUGCAUUUGAUACAGCAGAUCGACGCGCGAUUUUGGACUAACGUGACGGAGUGGCGCUGCAACUUUUAUUCUAUCGACAUUUUUGGCCUCUGCGUUCAGAGUAAGUAGAUGACGUUGUCGUCGUCGUCGUCGUCCUCGUCCUCGUCCUCGUCGCGGGAGGAUUAACUUCGACCACCAAAACUACUGCGCAUUUAUUUGUCGCAUCGAUGGAUCAUAUGAAUUUUAACAAAAAGUAAAAGAACAAGAAGUCUACAGAACUUGAACUGCAACUGACACAUACUACACUACUUUCUUCGUUGGACGGAAAUAGUCGUGAUAAGGAAGGAAACAGUUGCUGCACUGUUAGUUUCUAUCUCAGUUUCUUUAUUUCUAUUAGUAUACUCGAACCUCGUACUCGUUUACGAUCCGAAGGCAAAGUUAAGAAAAGGAAAAGAAGGGAGGUGGGGAAAGAAGUGUUGCACUAUGGAAUCUUUGAUCAAGUCAAAGCGAGUAGCAACCAUGCACAGAACAUAAAGCAAGCAUAAUUUCCGAUCAUAAAUGGCUACGUGAAAAUGCAAUGAUCAAAAAUCCAUUACCAUUUGGGCUUUAACGUGUUUAUCUAUCCUCCUGUGACAAAACGGCUAUAGACAAGUUUUAAUGAAAUUAAAAAUCUGGCCGUGAAUCGUAGUAAAGUUAAGAUGUAAAGAUUUACCCCUUUGUGUUUGUUACACUUUGUCUCACAGUUCCUGUUAGAGCUUUGAAGCACUCUCUUGUGACAUGACUUGAUAAGGAAAACGCUGUGGGCAAAGGCGCAGAGCCUGCUCGUGUCGCGCCCUAGAUGCGAGCGAUUAGCUGCUUAAUCUGUUGAGGAAGUUGCAACUUCACCUUGUUGACGUGGUCUCCUGGGUAUUGUGAACCGUCCUGAUGUCGAGGCACUCGGUGCACUGUCCUGAUGUCGCAGCAGUCGGAAAAACAGCAACAAAGCAGAG